UCGUCUGUUGAGCGAACGCGACUCAAUCGAACGAAAAAGAGAAAGACUAUUUCAAAGUACUGAAUUCGGCCCACAAUACCAUCAGUUCAGGUGCAAACGUCGCUGUGAAAGGUUGUAUUUCAUAUUUUACUCUUGGUGUGUACGCUCGCAAUAUUCGAACACACAUUUCCCGAUCAGAUCCCAUCAGACGAAUAAACGGUAUUGGACCCAUAGCCAAUAUCUCGACACAUUGUCGAUCGACAGAACGAGUUAACACACGGGACAAAAUCAAGAAAGAAGAAAAAAGAAGAAACAACAGAGAGAAGACGAACCCAGGCAGAGAAUCACCGAAUCCACAGUCGAUUCUUGUUGAACAGCAAUUAUAGCGACCACACAACAUCGAUACAUUGACCGAUUAAACGGCGAAAACGAAUACAUUUUCGGUUUGGUUGCAUUGCACCGUGUUUUCGCUACGAUCAAUCGAACAGAAGAAGAAACAAUUGUGUUAAAGUGAAACUAUUUUUUUUGACAAUUUUCACCUGAAAUUCAGUUGAGUGGAUAUAUUUUAAUUCGGGACAACAGCUAUAGUUAAAGGAUUUUUCGUUUCUGCAUUCCAACAUGAAGUUGAUCGUAUCCCUGAUAUGUGCCAUUUUUAUGGCCAGUGAAAUAGCGGCACAAGGAUUCCCACCGCAAUUUCUAUCGCCACAACAGCAGCAACCUCUUUUGGGCAGCGGCGGUACUCGACGCCAACUGACGCCGGCACAACAGACCCACAUUUUGAGCGAUAUUCAACAGCAUCAACAACGGUUCGCAACACAAAACCAUAUCUUCAAUCCGAAUCAACAACAAAAGGUUUUCGGCCAGAAAAUCGCUCAAAACAUUUUGAUUGAGCCUUCGGUGCAGACUCAAUUGCCAACGGAAACGACGGUACUCCAAUUGCAACAAGGCCAAAGUCCAUUCUUUGUGAAUCAACAGAUUCCACAACAACAAGCGUUACAAUCACGAUUUCGUGCACCAAACAAUUUGCGAUCGAAUGAAUUGCACGCACAACAUCACACCCAAACGAAUUUCAUUCCAAACUUCAAUGGGCCACAGAAUAAUGUCGUUUUCCCACAACAACCGUUAUUCGAAAGAAAUCCACAACAAGUGUUCCAACGCUCGGUGGCCAAUCAACAAGGCGAUGCCAAUCAUGUCUUUAGGCCAUCACAACCAUUCCCUGUCAUUCCACCAGCACCAGUACUUCCUGCCAGCUCCGAACAAAACUUUGGUCAACCAUUGAUCGCACCGGUGCAAACUUUGCAACAAAAUCAUUUGCAUCAUCAGCAGCCAAAUCAUCAACCAACCCACCAACAGAGUCAUCAACAAAAUGUGCAAAAUGUUCAAUUCGUCCAAAAUCACGUCUUGCCGCCGAUUCAAAAUCAGCAAUUCAACCAAUUCCAAAACCAACAAGUUCACUUCAAUCAAGCCGCUUCAUCGAACAACGCUCCAUUCUUUGGCGAUCUUCGGCCCGAAGAUCCACGCUACAAGGAAUUUCUCGAACGGCAAAAGGUCAUUCAAAAGCACGAACACUUUGUCCACCGCAACCAUGAAAAGCAACAAGCCAAAGUGCGUCAAUUGCAUCAAGAAUUCGUUCAACAGCAACGCCGUAUCAAAGAGCAAAGCAUUGUCAAUUUGAAACAAAGACCAACGACCAAUUACUUCCCGCCAGCAAGCCGCGGCCGUUUGGUAUCACCAUACGAAAUCGGUACAUUUGAGCGUGCGGUACAAACAUAUCAACAAAAUUUCCCAACGCAACCAACAUCAACACCAUAUCCAUCGACAGAAUCGGAAGCAGCCGCUGCAUCGACAACAAACCGUGUCAAAUCGAGCCGUUCGAAUGUAAAAGGCGACAUUUCCGAAAGUGAACUUGAACGAUUGCUGUUGCAACAACGUGAAAAGCUGUACACGCAAUUGAAGCAAGAGGAGAAGACAACGAAAAAGGCAAAAGUGAAGCCAACUAAGGCAAUUGGCCGUGAUGAUUUGUUGAAACAAUUGAAAUUGGCAUUGGCUGAUCAACCGGCCGAUUUGGGUAAUUCAAAUUUUACGACAAUGGAUUUGGUGUUGCCAGACGGUCAAAAAGUGCAAGUUAUUCGUACAACGGAUCCAAAUCUGGUUAAAGGAGCCACUCCAUUGAAUGCUGAUGGUACCAUUUUAACCGAGCAAUCGAAUCCCGUCGUUGAUCAAAAACCAUUGAUUGAACAAGCUGCUGAUUCGGGUCUCAUUCCACCCGGCUCUGAUUUUGAAGUGAUUCGCCAAUCAACUGAUGGCUCUCUGCAACCAGUUGGAAAUCUGACACCCAAAAAGAAAGUCACCUUUGUUUAUUUGGAAGAGCAGAAUGAUGGAUCGUACAAGGUUCAAGGUGUGAAAUCCAACGGCGAAAAAGAAGCGAAAACCGAUGGCGUUGAAGUCGAUAGCAUUAUUAAUCGCAUUAAAAAUGGUGAAAUUCAAUUGCCACCAACCAGCGUUCGUAGAAAUACCGUCGCACAAUCAACAGCAUCCAUUCAAUCGAGCUCACCAUCGUCCACAUCGUACAGCGGCAGUUCGACGUAUGACAACAGCAGUCCUUCAACACAUUACAUGACCAGCGCUACUCCAUCACCAACAUUCUCAUUCGUUAGCUCAGCAUCACCAUACUCAACACUUUCGACCGACCCAACUGAAGAUCAAGAGAAUUUGUUGACCGCUUCGCCAAGCUCACACUAUCCAACAUCAACACCACGAUCAGUCUCAUCACGUUCCAUUUACACAACGCGUGCGCUCAGCACCACUUAUUCCGAUAAUCAUAUCGCCUCAACUGGACAACAACAACAAACGGUAUCGGCCAGUACUGCAUCUCAAACACCAACCACCAGUCCACCAACUGAAACACUCACCCCACAACAAUCGGAAUUGAUCAAUAUUUUGAAGAAUUCAGGCCUGCAUGCAAUGGCGAAGUAUUUGAGGCAAUCAGGAUUGGACUCGAUUCUCAACGAAACCGGCCCAUACACACUCUUCGCUCCAUCGGACAAGGCAUUCAAAAAUCUGUUGGUUCAAUUGGGCGGUCCAGAUCGUGCCGAAGAAAAAUUCAAGAGCAAUCCACGACUUUUGAGCGGCCUUCUCUUGCAUCACGUUAUUCCUGGAUUCUUUGAAAUUUCCCAAUUGCAAGACGAAAUGACUGGCGUUUCAUUGGCUGGAACACAAUUGCGAGUUAACCAAUACAAUAUGCAUGAUACCGAAUGGAAUGAUGUUAAGAUCACAACUAUCAACGGUGCUAUGGUGUUGCCGGACAAAAAAGAUAUUAUUAUUCCACAAGGAAUUGCGCAUUCUGUGGAUCGUGUAAUGUUCCCGCUGCCAGUUGGCGACCUGCUCCAAACAUUGCAGAGCGAUCGAGAACGUCGCUUCACGAACUUCUUGCGGGCCCUCUUCUCGUCUGGUUUAUCUGAGUUGAUGCAAAACAAAGAUCCAAACACUGGCAGAACAUACACCGUUUUCGCGCCGACUGAUUUGGCCUUCUCGAACCAUACACAAGAAGAAAUCAAUUUUAUGGUGACAGAUAAGGCAACCGCACACAAACUCGUUAUGCGACACGUGACACCAGGUACACUCUUCUCAUCGGGCAUGCGUUUCUAUCAAGUGCGCGAUUCAUUGCAAGCCGGCAAUGCAAUCACAUUGCAGAAAGUGAACAACGGUAAAAUCAAAGUGAACGAAUCGCAAAUGGUUUCAUCAAAUAUUCCAGCAACGAAUGGUGUAAUUCAUGUGAUUGAUUCAUUACUUUGAAGUCGGGUGCACGAGCCCCGAAGACACUUUCUACAUUUAGACUAAAAACAACAAAAUUUCAUCUAACAAAAUGAUACGCAAUCGUAGAAUCCCGUAGAGAAUGACCGAGCUCUUCGAAUGCUUCAACACAACAAACAAAAAUCAAGCGAAUCUUUUUAUUGUUAAAUUUAAGGCCAUUUUAGCAUGUAGUCUUUUCUUACUAUAGUGUACAUAGUAUGGAUUCUUUUUUUUAAUUUAUUUUCGUUGGUAAAUUCAAGCAAAAAAACAACAUUUUUUUUAAAUAUUUGAAUGGAGUGUUUAUUUUUGGCAUUGCAAAAUUUAUUUUCAUUCAGUUUCCAAUCGAUGAGGAGUUCAAGUCUAUAUAUUGCGUUGUCAAAACACAAGAUAAUAGUAUUUAAAGUACAGAUAAAAAGAAUUGGUUCAUGAACUUACGUAUUAAUCCGAUUUGAACCAGCGCUUACCUGUUGAAAUUUCCUUCAGACAAAUAUACAAAGGCAACAAUCCGUUCAAGCUACUUAAUUGUUAAGGUAGAUAGAGAAAUGAAAUGUAACAUAUUUUGUAAUAUCCGAACAAACAGUACGAAUAAAGUGUUGUUUCAUUAAAAAUUUAAAAACUAAAAAAAAACCACGCAACGACAUUUCUUUUUUUGAUUAAUUUUUCUUUUUAUUCAUAAUUCAACAGAACUAAAUGAUCCAUAAUAAUAAUUUGAUUAUGUCCUUAUCGCACAAUGUGGAUUGAAUAUGUAAGUUUGAUAUAGUUUGUUUUCAGCCGAUUUCGAAAAAAGAGGCGGUUUCUUUUUGAGUAAAUAUUUUU